AUGGCCUCUAGUCAACCUGCUACCGAUUCCAAAACCCCCUACGUCGUGGAUUACACCCCCGAGCCGUCGACUUCGACCUCGACGACGAACAAUUUAGUUGCGAGUACAAGUCAAAGGAGGCAUUCCAAACAAGAUCCUAUGAACGAUGACUACGAUCCUACAAAUGUUGGAGUGCCACGAGCACAACACACCUCGGACGCGUCUGAUCCAACCAACUUGAAUAAGGAUCUUCCAGCCGCUCCUUCCGUUCCUUCAACUAAGGAGAAACGACUGUCUAGCUACUCCGACGAUGACGGCCAUGGCCAUUCCAACGAGCAACCAACAGACGACACGGUCGUUACCCCCCUCGUUCGCGGCAAAUCACAGAAACGGGUUCAUUACCAGGAUCUGGAGUAUGGAGAACCUCAUUCCCGAGCUGGACUGCCUCCGUCCAAAGAGAAACCAUUGGCCAAAUUCUUUGCAUCAGCGAAGUAUCCACUGGACCAACGGAUAGAGAAUAAGAAGCGGGGUAUUGGACGCCAGAAGUAUCCAGUUGUUGUGUAUACAUUGACGGUUGCGAUGAUUGGAGUGUUCAUUUAUGAACUCGUCCUCAAUGCGCGCGAGCAAGGGAAUCCUUUCUCUUUUAGGCCUGUCGUGAAUUACAUGUUGGGUCCUUCCUCCAGCGCGCUAGUGAACCUUGGAGCGCGCUUUCCUCCAUGUAUGAAAUACGUCGAGGCUGUCCCGCCGUCCACUCCAUUAGGCUGCAUGAAUAACACUGCAAAUCCGGUGACCGAAAUAUGCACGGUUGAAGAGCUUUGCGGCUUCGGUGGCAUUCCACCCAAUGAAACGCCUGACCAAUGGUUUAGGUUCAUUACCGCGAUUUUCCUGCACGCAGGCGUUGUUCAUAUCCUCAUCAAUAUGCUCGCGCAAAUGAUCCUGUCGGCCCAGAUCGAGCGCGAGAUGGGUUCUGGAGGCUUCUUGAUCACAUACUUUGCGGCAGGGAUAUUCGGAAAUGUACUUGGAGGCAAUUUCUCGCUGGUUGGCAUACCCUCUGUUGGUGCAAGUGGAGCUAUCUUUGGAACACUAGCGGUCACUUGGGUAGACCUGUUCGCGCACUGGAAGUUCCACUACCGACCUGUCAAAAAGCUGGUUUUCAUGACCAUCGAACUUCUUAUUGGGUUCGCAAUUGGAUAUAUCCCAUAUGUGGACAACUUCGCCCAUAUUGGCGGUUUUGUCAUGGGACUGUUGGUUGCCACUGUAUUCUACCCAGUCAUCAGCACCACGAAUCGCCACCGAUUCAUUAUGUGGGCUUUCCGUUUGGCCGCCAUUCCUUUUGCAAUUCUUCUUUUCGUGCUGCUAACGCGAAACUUCUAUACUUCUGAUCCUUAUGAUGCCUGCUCUGGGUGUCGAUAUCUAUCCUGUAUUCCAUCCUCUGCCAACAAUCGCUGUCAAGGAACCGGUUUGUCGACCUAA